AUGUCUUGUUCAAAAAUAUUUUCAGGAAAUUUACCUGAAUUAAUAUAUGAAAUUAUAAAAUGUUUUAGGAAUGACUUUUCAACAUUACAUUCAUGUAUUCUAGUUAAUAGAUUAUGGUGUCGUUUAGCGAUACCAUUAUUAUGGGAAGAUCCAUUUUCAAUCCCUACCAAAAAUUAUAAUUUUAUUGAAAUUUAUUUAUGUACUUUAAAUGAUGAUGAUUUUAAAUCAAAAUUGAGUGAAUAUGAUAUUAAAAAUUAUUUAUUUCCUUAUAAUAGUACAUUAUUUAAUUAUCCUAUUUUUAUCAAAUAUUUAAACACAUGGAAAAUUAUUUCUUCUAUUGAAAAAUGGGUUUCAACUGUGAUUCUUAGAAAAUUAAUGACUGAAAAAUGGCCAACAAAUCAUUUUACAGAUUCACGUUCAGAAUUUAAUUUUAUUAGAUUAACCAAUAAAUCAUUAUUUAAAAUAUUUAUUGAAAAUGAAGUAAAUUUAAAUACUUUAGAAAUUGAAACCAUUUCAUAUAUUUAUCAUGAUUAUUUUCAAGAUGUUCUUAAUUUAAUUUUACAAAAUUCAAAUUUUAUUCAUAAUAUUAAGAAUUUAAAACUUCAUGUUGGUGAUACCCCAUUUUAUUAUCCUUUUCGUGAUAAAAAUGAAAAUAAUAUGAUUAAAAAAUCUUUAUGUCAAAUUAUUAAUUCACAAAAAAAUCUUAAAAAAAUUUUAUUUAGUUCUAAUAGUCUUCCUUUAUAUCAAUCUAUAUUAUCAUUAGAUAAUUAUAAUUGUUCAAAUACUUUAAAUACGAUCGUUUUUUAUUGUAUUAAUUUCAAAAAUAUGACCACUUUAAAUAAAGCAUUUGAACAAUUAAAUGUUUUAGAAUCCGUUCAUAUCUUUUAUUGUUAUACUUUAAAUAUCGAUUUUAUUCAACAAAUUAUUAAUUUAUCUAGACCAUUUAAAUUAAAAUCCUUAUUUAUAGAUGAAAUAUUACAAAUUGAACCAUUAAAAUUAUUAUUAGAGAAAUCUGGUCGUUAUUUAGAAAAUUGUGGGUUCGGAUUUGGUUAUGAUACAUUAAAACGACAAAUGCUUGAAUUAAUUAUAAAAUAUUGUAGUAAUGUCAAAUUUUUUGAUUUCUAUGGUUUUGAAAAUCAAAUAAUUUAUUUGGCGUUCAAUUUAAUUGUUAGUAUUAAACAAAAUCUUAAUUAUCUUUCUAUCAAUGUUUGUGAAACUUUUCAAUUGGUUGAUGAUAUUGAACGUAGUUCAUUAAUAUUGAGGAAUUUAGGACAAAUACUUCCUUCUAAACUGGAAUAUUUAAGUUUGAUACUUCAUAUUAAUGCAAGUGAUUUUGAAAUAUUUUUGAAAAAUUCCCAAAAUAUUUUUAUUAAAAAGUUGUUGAUUAAUAAUAAAAUGAGAAAGGAUAGCGAAAAUAUUUUAUCUUAUAUAAAGGAAUAUAUUAUGAAAGAGAAAAGAGUCAAAUAUUUAGCUAUUAUGGAUUCUUUUUUUAAUAAUUCCGCAGAAGUUCUUACAAAAAGUAAAGAUUUAUAUUAUUUAAAAGAUGAAGUGAAGGAAUUUAAGUCACAUGAUAUAAAAGUUCAAGCUUAUUAUGAUUUGUUUAUUAAAGUUUAUGAAUUUAUUAAAGAAAUGUGA